AUGAAAGGCAAGAUACCUCUUCUGAUUUUGCUCUGCAGCAGCUUGUAUUUAGAGGCAUGCUGCAUUUGAAUAUUUGCAUACUCUGUUCCUGUAAAUGAGCGUAGGGGGAAGGGAUUGUGUUGCAGAACUGAAACAUAAAAAGAUGUGUGUUUAUCUCUACAUUUCAGAUCUAACAUUGUUAUCCUUCUUUAUACUCUUGUCCAAAGAGACCAGUAUGAAUCCAUUGGCCUUUGCAAAAGUGUUAAAUUGCUGCCUGGUUUCCAUAAUCAUCAUUGCAUUUACUAUGCAUCCUUCACCUGUAGGUCCCUGGGCAGAGUACAACAAUUAAAAACUAAAACCAGGUGAAACAGAUUACAAUCACAAGGAUAGGGUGGAAAAAACACGCCUCAGGUAUCAGAUAACACUUUUCAGGGUCAAGAGACUAGUACAGCACAAUCCUAACCAUGUCUACUCUGAAGUGGAUCUGACUCUUAGGUAAGUGGGUUAGAAUUGCAACCUUAGUGGGACUCAGAACUUAAUUUAUAAGUUGAACUGUAGUAGGGCCUAAAGCCAUCUGAAAGUUAGCCUUAAACCUCUUCUUAAUGCAAGUUGAUGGAGAGCCAAUUGAUGUGAUGGUGAGAGGAAAAUACUUCAGGCAUGUAUGUUUAUUCUUUCUCUUCACCUGUUGCCAGCUUUCAAGGCUGGUCUGUGGCUAAUUCUAUGAUUUUGUAAAACUUCCGCUCUUCCUUUUAACCAGCCCUCUGGCAACCAGGUGACCCCCGGAUGUUUUGGAUUACAAAUCCCAUCAGUCCUAUGCAGCUGUGGUUGAUGGGAGCUGCAGUAUGAAGAGCGCAAGCUUGGAACAGGCUGUUUAAAACAGAACCAGAGCCACACUGAUUACUUUUUCAGUUGCUGUUUCUCUCCCAGCUAUGAGUCAUCACAAGUUCCUUGUAGAGGCUCAUUUUUGACAGCGUUAUCUUAUGAUUGGGCAGGCUAAUCUCCUUAUAUGCAAACUGAACUACAUCAAUGUACUUCUUAUGGCUAAGGCAAUGGAAUAUGGAUGACCUUGAUCACACCUUGCUGCAGUAUUUUGACCACGCCCAGGAGGCUGAGUUCUGUUAGUAUACUGAUGCAAAUUGCUCUGAUGGGAAUGACCUCUUCACCAGCAGUUUCAAGUGAGAUUCAGCUGUUGUUUUUAAAAAAUGAAUGUGAAUCCCAGAAGGGACCCUGGUAAUUCAGGUCACUACCAAUCUCAAAGGAGGGGCAAAACCAAAACAAAAACCCCACAUUGCAUUUAAAUGCAAUCCAAAGGUGGUAGGCAACACCUACAAGUUUUGUACAGAAAAAUUAUCUGCCAGCUGCUUUCUAGUCUUUCCUAUCUUAUAUACAAUGCAAAUACCAAGUUACUCAAUUCUGUCUUCACAAUGGUCCUGUGAGGUAGGCUAGGCUGAGAGAGCGGAUAGGCUUAAGCAUUUCUACGCUGAGCAGAGAUUUGGGACUGGGUCUCCACAUCAAAACACAAGGGUUUUGCCUUGAUUCUGAUCACAUUAUUUGGCAGCAAGUUCCACAGAGCUUUAAGGAACUUUUAUUUCUUUUAUUCUUUGGAAAACAGGUAUGCUGAGGAUUGCAGCCUCAGCUGGGGCUAGGCUUUGGCAAUGCAUUUUGUGCACUUCUAGCUCAAGCUUAUUAGCCCUGCUUCAUUCGCUCUGCUUGCAACGCCUGCCAGUCCUGAAUGCUGUUUAAGCACACAAUGGAACUGUUUCUUUAACACAGAUUGGCAGUGAAGCAGUUAACAAUGAUGGCAGUAGGUGUAAUCCACACCAUCCUACUAUGACAAGACUUUCACUGAUUGCAUUUGCAGGAGGGCUCCUGUCUUAAACCAAUUAUGCACCCCCUAAGAUGCCAUAAUGCCUUUUGUCUUGCUACAGUAGACUCAACACAGCUUCAUAAAUGGCAUUUCUUUCUCCUUUCUGGGAUUUCACUUCCACAUAUGCUCUUGGCAAUGCCUGCUUGUGCUGCAAAACAGACAUGCAGUAUUUAAGCAAACCCCACCUCCCACCUCCAUUUCUCUCUAUCUUUCUCUUUUAAAUGCUAUUGUAUUUUAUGAUUGGUUUAAAUCGCUGUCAGCUUUUCUGGGUGGUGCAUAGCCAACAGAAUUGCAAGAUAUCAGUUUUCAUAUGAAUAAAUACAUUAAUGAAGCAGUCCCAGCAUUUAUCUUUGGCAACUGAUUUUAAUAUCUGUGAAGGGUCCCACCACUAAAAGAGGCUCAGCCGGUGCUUAGGGCACAAUAAUUGAAGCAUCAAAGUGGUCUUCAAGGGAAAAUCUGACCUUUGUUGGACUUCCUUACACAUUCUUCCCCCUUUUUUGUAUUCUCAUUACUUAUUCCCACCAAAACCAAGGGGCGGACUCCUAAUGUAGACUGAAAUAAUGCAAGGAUGACACGCAUUAGCACCUGACAUAUGUGCAUUUACAUACAUAUACGGUAUGUAAAUUUUAUGUCAUUUUGGAAAGUAAUAUUUUAUUUUAUGUUAUAAUGUUAUUUUUAUUUUGAAUUACCUAUUGGGAGGCACCACAAUCUUUUCAGCAUUUAGGGCCUCUAAUGGUCUUCAUCCAGCCCUGAAUUUAAUCAAAAGCAAAGGAUAUCAGCACUAGCAUGGGCUGGUUAAAACAGAAAAUGCAAAAACAAUCUUGUCACUGUGCUGCUGCAGUUUGAAAGGAUUAUAUAGGGAAAGAUGAUUAUAAUUUCCUAAAUGGUAAUUUUGCACAAUGUUCAUUCAAAAGCCUUGGGGUGGUAUUCAAGGAAUACACAUACUGAAAUUAAUGAAUUUAAGUUAGUCAAUAUAUAUUGACUUCAACCAGUCUGUUCUGAGUAAGACUAGCUUUGAAUUGGUCUGAGUACUCAAUCUGCUUAAAUGAUCACUGUUGGGAAGUGUUUUAAACACGGGUCAGCAACCUUUUUCAGCUGUGGGCUGCUCCACUGUCCCUCAGACCUUGGGGGGGACGACUAUAAUUUUUUGGGGGAAAAUGAACAAAUUCCUAUGCCCCAGAGAUGCAUUUUAAAUAAAACACAUUCUACUCAUGUAAAAACAUGCUGAUUCCUGGGCCGGACUGAGAAAGCGAUUGGGCCGCAGGUUGCCUUCCCCUGGUUUUAAACAUCUAGGGAGCAAGGCCUGGUUUUGUUUGUUUUCCCCUUUCCCUUUGCAAGCCACUUUGAGGGUUUUGGUUUUUUUUAAACAAUCAAGCGGUGUAUAAAAUUUGGUAAACAAAUGCCAGUUGCAGGAAACUGCAGGAGGAGAGAGUGCUCUUAGAAUCAUAGAACUGUCAAGUUAGAAGGGAUACCCCGGGGGCAUCUAGUCCAGCCCCCUGCAAUAAAGGAAUCUGAUAGUGCAUUUGGAAUACUUUGUCUUUAAUUUCAUUUUAGGGGCGUUGUAACUCAAGAUUAGAGUCUCAUGCUCUACGGACUGAGUUAUCUCGGGUUAUUCUUGCACUCAGGUCGUGCUUGAAGCCUUCCCGCAGGCAGACAUCCGCCUGGCCAUUGUGAGAACAAGCUACCGGACUAGGUGGGCUCACCUUAAGCUCUCGUCUUCCUUUUAAUGACUUACUAAUAAUUGUAUACAGUACUCGUCAGGAUACUGCCAGUACUUAUUUGCCUAUAGAUCGUAUUCUAUUACAGUCUCAAGCACUUUUUCCUUUCUUUUUCUCUCCUCCCUCUGCGAGAAAUUCCCACCCCCACUAUUAUAUCGAACAUUUCUCGUGUUCCUGACCACAUGCCAAAGACUGGACACAGCCCUGCGUGCUGCAAGAAGGUCCAGCACCCCUUAACGGUGCUUUCACAGUCUCCCCCGCUCCCUCCAUCUUUGACAGCGGCCUUCCUCCUGGCUUCCCGCGAGCCGUGUUUACAUUCUGUCGACAGGUCCACGUUGCCGAGCCAUUCGCCCUUCUGAUUGGCCGCGGCGCGCGGCGCGGCUCCGCCCAGAGGUGGAGCCCGACGUGGCGAGCUGUCUAAGCGCGCGUGUUGCUAAUGCCAGGCCGAGAGCCGCGGCCGGCGCAGGAGCCAUUCUGGUUGCGCGGGCUCCCGGGAACGCAGCUGAUACGGCUUUGCAGGGUUAACGAGCUGUCCGUGCAGCCGGUAUGUGAGAGACGCGCAACAACGGGCUGAGAGGACGUUUGGGGAGGGAGGAGGGCUGGUUGCUUCCAUAGCUGUCAACUUUCAGAUUUGAAAAUAAGGGAUCAGCAGCCUCACCUGUCCUGGGGAGCCUCGAAAAUAAGGGAUCAGCAGCCUCACCUGUCCUGGGGACAGUCUACGGGAUAUCUAACAAUCCGGGAUAGCAGCGGGAAACGGCGCUGGAAUAAGGGAAUUUCCCGCAAAAAAAAGGGAAGGUUGACAUCUAUGGUUCCUUCCCCCACCUGCCUUGGCGGGGGGCUUCUCCCCUCCCGCCUUGGCGGUCAAAGCCCCAUAGGUGCCAACUCCUUGGGGCUCUGGGUGCCCGAGCACCCACCCAAUUCCCCAUGAAGGGGCCGGGCACCCACACAUUUCGGGGCCAUGCACACUGCAUGGCACCCACGGCCCCGGAGAACCCACGAUCACGGGGUCAAGCUCUUGCAAAAGCCCCGUCGCGUCUCCGAGUCGCGGGCACAGCCGGCUGCCAUCUACGACUAGGAGGCCAGCCGCGGAGGCGAGCGAGCAUUUGGCGGGAUUGGCGGGGGAAGUGGGACGUCCUCCUCAGGGGACACUCUUCCGCAAUGUCCCCCCCCCGGAACGUGCACCGGGCGUGCCUAAAAAGCUGCCCUGCUGUCAUUGCAUAUAGUAUAUUUUUGGUGUGUGUAUAUAGUAUAUUUUUGGUGUGUGUGUGUGUAUAUACAUUUAGUAGAGUUUCCCUCUCCGAGGGUAAAAAAACCCCAGCAGGAACGAGCCGGAGGUUCCUAAUGUCUGUCCGCGGCUGGGAAUCCGCGAGGUUCGUCCUUUUUGCAGCGCGCGGGGCGCCGGGCGCGCUCCACCUCGGGGUUCCGGGGCGGUCGGGCGGGAGAACUCGCAGCCCGGGAACUGCAGGCGGCGACGAGAGGGCUGAGCUGGGACCCAGGCCGGCGCAUGCGCAGGCGGCGCCCUAUAUAAGCGCCUUGGCGCCGGCGCCAGCUGAGAACAGCCCAGGUUUGGCAGCGGCGGCUGAGGUGCGGUCUUGGGGGGUCUUCUCUAUGGGGCGGGAGGGCGGCAAUGCUCGGGAAAGGGCUGGGUGGCGGGCGAGGGCUGCUCGCGCCCUGCUGCUUUCGGCCUAUAUGGGGAGGGGGGCUGGCUUUUUAAAAAUCCCCCCCUCCCUGCGUGUGGUGAAUGUCCUGGCGAGGGGGGGGGCUGAGGGUGCGGGGGCGCCGCUUAGGGGGCUGCCCCAGAAAAGCGCUGAGGGGGGAGGCAGCGGGCGGCAGGGCUCCAGCGCCGGCUGGAGAAGGAAGCGGAGCCAGAAGGCGGGAUGCCCGCCCUCCCAGCUCGCCGGCCGGGCUUUUUUUGGAGGGAGAAUGAGGCGGCGGCGAGGAAAGAGCGGGGAUCCCCCACCCAUCCGGCCCGGGGGGGCCUCUCGGGGGCCGAGGUGGGGGGUGGCGAGGCGGGAAAGUGAGGUGUCUCCCCUGCAGCGCAUUGUGGGGGGGAGUUGCUCCGGGUUUUUCCUGGGGCGUCUCUGCCUUUUUUGGGGUGGGGGCGAUGGGGGUCUCCCUAUGGGGGACCCUUUGCACCCCCGCCCCACCCCCGGCAAACCUGUUCCUCUCGUCGGUGUGGUCUGGGAACUGGCUCGGUCGGCCUGCCCUUGCUGGGCGUGUGAGGCUUUUUUGGAGGGAGAGCGACUCCCUCCUCCGGGGCGGGGGGCGGGGAGCCCGCCUGGUGGCUUCCCGGGCUGCCCCGAGAGCAGUUGCCUCGGUCUUUCGCCCCCUCACCGUUCUGGGUUUUUUGCUGGGGUGGGGUCUCCACAGAGGAAAAGGUGUGUUUCGGGCGGCGGAAGGGCUCUUUCCCCUCCCCUGUUGGGCUGGAAGGCGGGAGAGGCAGGUUGGGGUGCGGGGUCCGUCCUGCAGAAGCUCCCCGCUUUGGCUCUGGACUCGAUUUAUUGGGGGACGGCGGGAAGAGAGGGGGGCGCUUCUUGCCUGGGGAGGGGGCUGUGUUUGUGGGUCUUUCCCUCUCUUGCUGUCUUGAUGCAAGGAGGGGGGGAGCAAUCGGGGUUUCUACUCCUAUCCCGUGCACCCCCUCUGUAACAUUUCCUCUUUUGCAACCCCAAUAUAUAGGGGCAUGUGUAAAUGUAGGCGGGAAAUGCUUUUCUUAAAAAGAGAGAGCGCGCGCUUUUGCCCGCCCCCCCCCCCAAAAAAUCUCCCGCCGGUAUCCCUCCCCCACUUUUUUUAAAACACUGUGCUCUUCUCUUCAUUAUUAUUUUUUACGUUUCACCCUCUUAGGGCCAGCGGGAGUUUCACCCGCAUGCUGGAUGGAGGGUGGUGGCAGAGUCCAGCCUGCUGUUGCCGCCUCCUGCAUUUACCCGCUUUCUGUAAAUUGGCGCGGGCCAGAGAGCCGCGUAUAGCUGGCUCGGCAGCUUGGGGGUGGGGGGGCUCCUGAAGCUGCUGCCCCCCGCCCUUCCCGCUUGGCAGGCAGCGGGGAGAACAAAUGGCAGAAAGAGGAGGGGGCAGCUCGAGUCUUUGUGGUUUACUUAGUUCACUCGAAACAAAACGUGUGUCUUUGCAACAAGUCAUCAUAGUGAUAAGGUCCUAGUGAAAGUACUGUAAAGCUUGGCAAUCUCCUUGCACAUAGGAUUUGGGUGCGUAAACUAUAUUCAUGUACAGUAAUAGCUGUUUAUAGACAUGCAAGUAGUCUCGGCUCCUGACAAUGCUAUGUAUGGGGUUUGAUUCUGAGCGCAUGGGACAUACAUAUUUGCGAAAUAUGCAAACCAGCACUGCUUAUGAUUGAUGAGGGUACAAAACUUGCAAGUUGGCAAAUCUUACCUUGGGACUACAUGCUCAUAGCAGAGUUCUCUGAGGAAGCAAAUGGAAUGGUGCCUGGAGCAAGGCAUGAAGUGGAACAAAAUGGCUACUGGCAUUGAUGCUGGGAGGCAGCAGAUGGAAGCUGGUUGAACCUGAAAUUGACCAGUGAGCACAUGGAUGAUGAGAAAGGGUGACCUUCAGUUUUGUGUGUGUAAAGAACUGCUGCUUUGAGCUGAGAUGGAGGGAAUUAACACAGACCACCCUUACUAAGAGGGAUUGCGGGGUAAUGUACUGCCAGUUCACUUCCCUUAAUUCAGGUGUGCAGGGUUUUUCAGGGACUGGAACAUGACUAAUGUGGGCAGUUUGCCCAGAUUUCUUGUUCCAAGCGCAGGAUUGUCACGAGGUAACAGGUGCCUGCCUCCCUGUGGAACACUUGUAGGCUCCUGGCUGUACAUAAAAAUGCCUUGCCCACGAUGUUGGGGAGUUGCCAUUUGGAUGUUCUUGGUCUCUGCUACUUUCUGGAAAUAUCUUUGGGGUUUAGGCAGCAGGCAUGCACACACUGGGAGCUGGAAUUAAUUUGAGGGGAAGGGCUGUAGCUCAGUGGUACAGUAUCUGCUUUACACAUUCAAUCCCCAGCGUUUCCAGGUAGUGCUAGGAGAUAGCCCUGCCUGAACACCUGGAGAGCCACUGCCAGUCAGUGUAGACAGUAGUGAGCCAGAUGGACCAAUGGUCCGACUUGAUGUAAGUCAUGAGCUAAACAGCACUUUGUAUGUACUUUGGGUUAACCUAUAGUCUUCUCUCAUUUGCAGGCAACUAUCUGGAAUCCUAAUAAGAUGUCAAGGCGCAGGUAACAUCACUUUUAUAAUAUGCUAGCUGUAUACAGUCUGACUGCAGCCCAUAAAUAUAUGCCAUCAUAAAAAUGGUUAGUCUUUAAGGGGCCACAGUGUAUGUAUAGCAAUGCUCUCUGCUGCUGUCUUGAUGGGAAAAUGUAUUUACAUUUCCACAGUAGUCGUUUACAAGCCAAGCUGCACCAGCCCUGCCAGGAUACGUCUCCUCAAGAACUGCAGCUGCCAGAGUCUCUUCAGAACAGAAAAAGGAAAGCAAUGCAGGUAAGUAGGAAUUGAAACAGUCUCCUGGAGCCAGAUGGGGUUAAGAAUAUGAGCAGGAUUGCCUUGUUCAAGCUGAGACAAGAAUUCACGGCAUUGAUAUUGGUAAAACCACCUUUCUCUUGGCCUUAUCUUCGCAUCUGAAAUGUAGAGAUAAUGGGUGGAAUUCAGCAUCACACUAUUACAAAUGUUCCGUCUGUGCAAGCAUAUCAACUUGCCAGAUAGGACAGUGGCACACUGUUCUAGGGGUUCUCCCACCCACUCCAGAGCCAAUUUCAGGGAUGUACAGUACAUGAGGGGAGGAGAGGGAAGCCCGAUUGUGGAAGCCUUUGAGCAGGCCUUCUGUAGAUGGGAUUUGUUAGGUGAACCCCACACCAUAUUUGUAAAUAAGGCUGACAUCAGCACCUGGCACACUCAGGCAGUUUCCAAGAGCCUGCUGAUAUUGAAGUCUUGAAUCCCUUGAUCUGCUUCUUCCCCCACCCCAUCCCAAUUUUGGUUUGUGUGGAGCUUCCCCAACAUUUUAUAUUUUCCACAAUAACCAAAGCAGCUCAUUGUUUCUGUGGUUUGCAGGCAUCUGCCACAGAUCACAGCUCUGUUGCUGCCUGUCCACAUGGCCAAGUCAAGGGAAGGGGUGGUAGUUGGUGGCUGACACUAAGCAGCACUUUGUCAGGGAAGAUUUUAAACCUCGUCCUGGCUCACUUUGCAUAUCACUUUUUAAGAAUUCUGGCAUAAUCUGUGAAGGAACUGAGCAGUAAGACCACUAUGCCUGUUAUUUUUUGUAUGCUGUUGGAUGCUAUUAAGAGCAUUCUGCUACUUGCAUGAUGUUUCCUCCAUUAUCCCUUUUUUUGGUUAGGGCAAGUGUUUGAAUUAUCACUGUUUAAUAGCUGUGAUCGGUGGUUGUGCAUAUGUUGCCAAUAAAUGACUUUCAAAAAUGAAUAGUUGUGCUCUGAUGGCUUUAAUGCUCCUAUUUUUGAGGGAGGGAUUUGAAAUUGAGGGAGCCCUUGAUGUACCAGGAGAAUUUGGCUUCACUUGGUUGCUGCUUUGCUCUUAAUCAAGGUGCAUCUGUGUCUGUUUUCCAAAGGACCCCACGAGAACAGAAGAUAUCAACAUGAGACAUCAGUAUGAAAUUAAGGUAAUAAUGACCUGCGUAACCAUUGAUUUUUAACUAAGUUGGUCUGCGUUCUUCAGUAUGCGUGAGAGUUUAGACUGUUAACGUGGUGUCCAUUGUGAGCAGGAGGUUCUUCACUUUUUGUCAGGGAAAGCAUAAGGGAGAAUUAAUGACUCCAGCUCCAUAGUGUGUGAUUUGUAUUCAUUUUGUAUUCUGCUGCAAUUUGUGUUCAAUGAAUAUUUCACCACUGAAAAACUUACUUUCAACUUCCAGGAAUGUAUAGUGUUAAUUAUGUCCCUUCCCAAUAUCCCACCUAAUGUCUUACUGCUGCAAGGGUUUGGAUAAAAUGCUUUGGGAUUUGAUUUUCAAGGCCUAGUAAACAUUAGCUGGUUGAUGAUAUAUUCUAUGUGACAGUGAGAAGGUUCCAAAAGGCUGGGACAAAUUCUGCUACUCAUAAACUAUCUUGCUUGGUGUUGUAUCUAUUUUUCUCAUGCUAGCUCUUAAUAUCUCAUUUGUAGAGUUGUUGGCCAUCUACAAUAUCAGGCGGCAUCUCCCCUUGUAUUAUAAUAGAAACUCCUCACAAAGAAGCGACAACCACUGAUUUUUCCAGAUUCAAAAAAUACAGGUUCAGAAACCUCUUCAUAAAUCCAUCACCUUUACCGGAACUUAGGUAAGUUACCUAUAACCAAAAGCAAUUGUGAUGCUGCUAUACUUUGAUAUGUCAGCAAAGCGAAUGUAGUGCAAAACCCCUGUGUUCUUCACCAAUUUGUAUUGGUGGGUACUCUUUGAUUUGGAGCUAGUGGCAUUUAGAAAAGACAAUGAGUAACACCGCUAAUAAAACCAUCUUGUUUUAGUCCUUGGUCUGAAUGCUUUGCCUAUCAUCAAGCGCAAUAUGCGAGCUGUGAAAUUUUGAUGGACGAAUUAUAUUCCAAGGUGUCAUCUGUGUUUGAUAGAAAUUGCAUAUAAAUCUGGCAUUCUAUGAAAAAUGUUUUAAGAUCAUGUCUGCAAGUAUUGCUGCUGUGUAGUCUAUUAUACUGCUAACUUUUUGGAACUGCACUGACUAGAAUAGUCUUCCUCAGUACAGUGCCCUCCAACUUAGAUGUGCUACCUCCCCAUAUAGACUGCAUCUCCCCAUAUAAACAUACCUGGCUCUGCAAUUAUCAUACAAGGCCCUUUGUGGGCCCCCUCCACGAGAGGCCCGGAGGGUAGCAACACAGGAAUGGGCCAUUUCUGUGGUCGCUCCCCAUCUGUGGAAUGCUUUCCCCUGGGUGGCUCACCUGGCACUUUCACUGCACAUCUUUAGGCACCAGGUGAAAGCGUUGAUGACCAUGCUGUGAAUAUUUUAUGGCCUUUGAAAUGGGUUUGGGGGAAGAGGGUUAUUGAUUUGUUUUUGUUCUAUUACAUAUUUUUUGUUCUCAUAUUUUUACGUUGUGAACCACCCUGUGAUCUUUGGAUGAAGGGUGGUAUACAAAUUUAAUCAAUAAUGGGGUACUUAUGCGAAUUGUAGUCUGAAACAUCUGAAGGGCAUCAAAUUGGGGAAGACUGGACUACAAGAAGGUGGCGAGAUUGGGAACAACCCAUUCAUGCUUAUAAUAAAGAGAAGCACCUAUACUGUAUUUUUCCGUCUAUAAGAUGUCCCCAUGUAUAAGGCGCCCCUAUUUUGGGGGACUCCAAAUUAAGAAAAUGGGGAGGAUUGCUCAGAGUUGUUUAGCUUUUUUUGGGGGGGGAAUUGCCGGAAAUCGCUCACCCGCCGCUGACAAUCGCAUGCUUUGCUGAAGACACGCAGCCACCAAAUGGCCGUCCUAUUGCCACAGCGGCAGCUAAUCACCAACAGCCCUUCUCACAGCUACCAAUCACCCACACUAUCACCACUGUGAAUCUCCUGCUCACGGCUAUGACCAAUCACACAACCCCCCUCCCCUGCACUGCCCAUGUAUAAGACGAGGGCUAAUUUUAAAGCUCAUUUUUUAAUUAAAAACCCUCGUCUUAUAGACGGAAAAGUACAGUAUGUGUUGGUUGCCAUGUCUUUUCUCUCUCCCUGCCCUGCUUGAGUGAAACUGACCAGAAAUUGUGUAAGUUCCAUUGUUCUGAAACUGCCCAGUUGUCAACCUUGUAGUCCUAAUAGUCAUUCAUUGUUGUCAGCCAGAAAAAUCAUCUUUCAACUUAUCUGACGGAAAACUUGUUAGUUUUGCUUAAUGACAAAAUGACAAUAAUUUGAAGCAAUUGUUGAAAACUUACUGUCUUCUGACAAGUCUCUAUAGCCACUUAAAAGCUGAGUGAGUUGAUUACUGAGUAAUAUCUACCUCUUUUCAGUUUUUGCCCUUGAAGGCAUGCAACAUUGACCAUCCUUGAUUGGAUUUCCAAACCUCAAAGCAACUCCAUUUGAUCAGGGGCAGCAGCUGAAGGAAGAGUCAUUGGCAUAAUUAAAUCAUAGAAAUGGUGCAGGGUUGAAGGAUUGAAGCCUCAUCCCAGGAAUACUACCUCAAUCUCUUAUCUUGUUGGGAGUAGGAAGUAGCCAUGCUGUGAGACCUUUCAGUUGAGAGGGGCUAAAAUACUAUAAAGAAAUGUUCUCCCACCCCUUCAGCUCCCUUUAAAGUCUGAAAAGUCAGAUACAGCCAUCUGCAUCAUAUGUAGUCUGAAGGUGAAGGCAAAUGGACUUUUCUUCAUCUCUUCUACCUCAGUUUUUUUUUUAAAAAAAAACUUAUUUGGCAGCUAUGUUUCAUCAAAUCCAAACAAGCUUCAAGUAGAACCCCUUUGGAAAACUAAGGUCAUUAGAGUUUGGAGACUAGAAAUAAUACAUUGAAUGCACUAAAUACAAGCAUUUGGCUUCAUCCCACUGAAGUCCAAUUUUUGCUGAGACCACGUAUUUUAUGUCUUUUUAAAAAUAAUCUGGAAUUUAAAAUGUCUGUCUUUGAUUUUAGCUGGGGAAAUUCUAAAGAUGUCUGGUUCAACAUUCUCAAAAAGGAGAACAAAUAUUCUCACUGUAAGCAUUUCACAUCUCUACACUCCAACUUGCAGCCGCACAUGAGAUCAAUCCUAUUGGACUGGCUUCUGGAGGUGAGUAUUGAACUUAUAAAUGUAAUGUGUGUAUAAAGGACAGUCCUGAGAAGUAGCAAGACUGACCCAGAGUGCUUCCUCCCCCCCCCUUUAAGUAUUAAGCUUGUUUAUAUUCUGCUUUUCCAAAUUGUGCUGAAAGCAGCUCACAAGGUUAGUCAGCAUAUCAAUAUAUAGCAGGGGUGAGCAAGGUUUAUCUUGCCUGGGCCGGAUCAGUCCCACAGAGAUCCCUCCGUGGGCCGGAUUGGUGUGCAUAUGAGUGCACGAGCCCACGAUUUUCGGCAUCUUCACGUGCGCAGAUGCAAUUUUCAGCGUCUGCGCAGACACGAUUUUCGGUGCCGCAGAAGCGAGUCUCUACACCGCGCUGGUUUAGCACAGCGCAUGAGUGGGCAGCUCAGUUCAGGGGUGGCUCGGGGGCCGGUCAAACAACCUCCACGGGCUGCUUCUGGCCCAUGGGCCUUAGGUUGCUGACCUCUGAUAUAUAGGCACAACAAAAACAUAGGCAUAAAUAUAUCCCCUGCUGAGUUACAACUUUUAAAAAAUGUUUUGUCUCACUGUUUGUAGUAUAGUGACUGUGAAUAAACAAAGCUUAUUCUGUAACAGGUAUGUGAAGUAUACACGCUCCAUAGGGAAACUUUCUACUUGGCACAAGACUUUUUUGACAGAUUCAUGCUGACUCAAAAGAAUUUAAACAAAACAAUGCUUCAGCUCAUAGGAAUUACAGCCCUGUUCAUUGCUUCCAAGCUUGAGGUAAGUAGCUGUCAGUGAAACCAUUCUGCCAUUGACAAUAUAGCAUUUUAAACCCAUAAUUGUGCUGCAUGUCCUUUCCAGACAAAGGCCCAUCCCAAUAUAGCAGCUGAGGAAGAAAUGGGUCUUUUUCUUUUAAUUAAAGUAGCUUGGUUUAUUACUGAGGAAAAAUGGAAGGUCUGAGUUGCACAGUUUGCACACUGAUAUAGCAGCUCUUGGAAGUGUGUGUGUGUGCUCACAAAUGAUAGCCCUAAUUGCCAUUAGCAAAUAGCUGCCUGUGUUCUUAACCCUCAGAGUUCUUACUAGGAUUCUGAUCACGGGGAAAUGCAUCCCUCAGUAACUGAAGGCUGGGAGUUUCCUAAUACUUAGCUGAGACUGAACACUUUAUUUUGUAUCCUGUCUGCUUUAUAACUUGCUUUUUCACCAACCUCAAGGUGACCUGCAUCGUUUCCCCCAUUUUAUUCCCACAACAACCCUGUUAAGCUGAGAGGUGGUGAUUGGUGUAAGCUCCCGCAGUGAACUGAAUGGGGGUUUGAACCCUGGUACUCACAAGGGACGCGGGUGGCGCUGUGGUCUAAACCACUGAGCCUAGGGCUUGCCGAUCGGAAGGUCGGCGGUUCGUUGCUCGGUCCCAGCUCCUGUCAAUCUAGCAGUUCGAAAGCACGUCGAAGUGCAAGUAGAUAGAUACCGCUCCAGUGGGAAGGUAAACGGCAUUUCCGUGCGCUGCUCUGGUUUCGCCAGAAGAGGCUGAGUCAUGCUGGCCACAUGAACCGGAAAAACUGUCUGCAGACAAAUGUCGGCUCCCUCGGCCAGUAAAGUGAGAUGAGUGGCGCAACCCCAGAGUCGUUCGUGACUGGACUUAACUGUCAGGGGUCCUAUACCUUUACCUUUUUACUCCCAAUUCUAGUCAGAAACUCCAACCACUACCAACUGGCUUUUGCUAAGACUUGCUAAAAGAAGAGCACCGAUAUGUAUGCCUAGCAGGCCAAACAUGUCAACAUAAUUUGAAUGAUGCAACAUUCGUUGUAAACUUCACCAUCUUUUAAUGCACUCUAUGGGCCAGGCCUGUACAUCUUAAAAUGUUUCAAUUAAGUUGGCAACUGAUGAGAUCCCUAAAGAUCUCAAGCACAGCUUAGGCUGGGGACAUGGUAAAGGACUUAGGUCUAAUGGUCUGGCUUCAAAUUUCACCUCCUGCUUUGUGACAGUGGUGCGUUGCAAGUCAGACCUGGGCAAGUGACAGUGGUUCAGUGAAGAAGCUUUUGGACUGUCCUGUGCAAUUGGCCUUAGGAUUUCAUGGCAUUGCCAGUGGGCUCAUGAUAUGAGACUUUGCACAGUAGUGCCACUUGUGUGAAGUUUCUUCUCCAUGUGUGGGGAUCAGUGCAUAACUGUAGUGGCUGAGGAUCUAUCUCAGUGAGUGCUUGGCUCUUUGCUUUUUCAACUGCUUGCCCACUCCUACAUGGAAACGAGGAUUUGCAGCUGAGCCUAUAAGUUGGCAUGCUAAUGGCUGCUCUCCCAUGGGUGGUAACAGGAGCCUAAAAGCAUCUGAAUCUAAUUUGUGAAAUUGAAAUAGCUGUGGUAUGCAGAAUAGGGUUGUAGGAGAAUGGAUCAACAAGUCUGUAAGCCCUGUUGGAUUUGCUGUGGUUUGUUCUAACAUUCUGUCUUUUUCUUCUUCCUUUAAGGAGAUUUAUGCUCCCAAACUACAGGAAUUUGCCUAUGUUACUGAUGGUGCUUGUAGUGAAGAUGAUAUUAUAAGAAUGGAGCUCAUUAUAUUAAAGGUAAUAAAAUGAAGAUGCUGACCAUUUCAGCACAUAUUUAAGAGUCUGCAUCCUAGGAAUUAGUCUAUUGGAUGGGAAGCUAACAUGGUGCCUUCCAGAUGUUUUAAGUUCAAUUCCUAUUACUCUGACUAUUGGCCAUGCUGGCUGCUCCUGAUGGAAAUUGAAGUCCCAAACAUCUGGAAGGGCAUCAUAUUGGCUUCUUAGGCAGAGCAGAUUGUAUUUAUUUAUUAACAAUGUCUCCAAAAUCUGGAAUCUGACUGAUGUGCACUGUGAAAGCUGCUUGGAUACACUCUGUGAAGAAGAAGAGUUUGGAUUUGAUAUCCUGCUUUAUCACUACCCGAAGGAGGCUCAAAGCGGCUAAAAUUCUCCUUUCCCUUCCUCCAUUUUUAGUUUUGUAUUUUACAGAAGAUAUUUCUUGACCACCUUCUCAGGGCUGGGAAGAAUUGGAGCUAUGUAUAAAGCAGCUAACUUCUCAUGCUGGUGUAUACAUCCUGGAAUGCUAUAACAGUACCCUCUGGGAUAAGAGAAUUGCUUGUGACUUGAGCAACUUUACUUGAUUUUACAUAAGAACUGGUUUUGCUUGGCAUUCUCAGAAUGGGAGUGCUUAAUCGGAGGCUUGUUGCCAGUACCAGGAGAAUGCACUGGGAUCUUGUACAUAUUUUCAGGCAGGAAUGGGGUAUCUGUGGCCCUCCAGAUGUGUUGAUGGGAGUUGGAAUCCAGCAACGUCUAGAGGGCAACACAGGCUCUCUAUUCCUGAUUUAGGGCAUUGUGCAAGGGUUAAGUCUUGCAGAGCAGUAGAUGAAGAGACCGAGGUGAUUUCUGUAUCAUAGGAUAGCAUGAGGGGAGGGCUCACAACUUGAAUUCUGCUUCAUUUUACACAAAGAAUGCUGAGCAUGUUGGGGAGAAGGAAAAAAUAGAGAACUGUUCUCCCUGGCGCGCCAGUGAUACAGUGCAAAAACAGAUAUGCACACUGCUGUGCUAGAACUUGUGCAGGGUUUUGGGCUGUGUGAAUAAGUUUACUUGCUAAGUUUGUAGGUGCCCUAAAGCCUUUGUUAUGAUGUUCACACACAUGUAGGCUCUAAAGUGGGAGCUGUGCCCAGUAACGAUCAUCUCUUGGCUGAACCUUUAUCUCCAAGUGGACGCUCUGAAAGAUGUCCCAAAGGUGCUGCUACCUCAGUAUUCUCAGGAAAAGUUUAUUGAAAUAGCACAGGUAAGUUCCUAUUCCAGCACAUCUGGUGCAUAAGAGCACCAUACAGAUAUAUAGAUGCAAGAUUUCAGCUCAGGUAGACAACUUGCAGGGUUCAUGUUUGAACAGCAGGAAGAUGACAUUGAGGUACAGGGCAAGAAUCAAGGGAUGGAAAUUUCUUCAGUGCUUGAUCAUACAGCUGUCUCCAGCGGUGGUCUCCCACAGACUUGAAAAUUGUGAAGGGUCUUGGCAGACCACGUAUGUGAUUUUUUUGUCUGUUGGAGCAAUUGUGCUAGAUGCUGUAUUAUUUUUAAUUGUAUUUUAAUUCAAGCUUUUCUUAUAUAUUGCAUUGUAAUACAGUAAAAUGCAGAAUAAGAGAACAUGCUUGUUGCAUUGGUUAUAAAGCCUGUAUGAUAUAACCCUUCCCCCCCCCUCAAAAUAUAUGGAGGGACCCAGUUCACCUGGUCUCUGGAUGAUUCAAAGCAGUGCUUGGUUGCAAACAAAUUACAAGAUGAGAAACCUUUAGUGCAGCACAUUGAGCUCUUGGCAAGUGGAUACAUAAGACAAUUGGUUUGGAUUCUAAAAUGUGAUGAGGAAUCUCACGAGCUAGCAUCAGUGCAGUGUUGAUCUUGAGGACUCAGGACGAUUAUGUGAGACUAGCUUGCAAAUGUUUUCCAAAUACAUUUGAUCUUAAUUCAGUUAAAAUAUUUUUAACAUCUGGAUUUUAUUAAAAUAAUUCGUCCUUUGGAUAGCCCUACUCAGACGCAAUAGUCUUAAGUGUUAUGAGGAACCUCCGUGUAUCAGCUCAAGUAACUUAGUGAAACUGGUGCUAUUCCUAAACUCUAAGCAACCGACAGGCGUUAUUUGUAAUCUUGCACCCUCAUAAUCCAAGCAAUGGACAAGCAGCCAUCCAUCAUGGAUGCUUUAGUUGAGAUUCCUGCAUUGCAGGGGAUUGGAUUAGAUGACCUUCAGCAUCCCUUCCAACUCUGAUUCAAUGAGUUACUGCAGCUUGUAGUGAUAAGCUAUCAAAUACGAGAUUGGUUAUAACCACGUAUUUAUACUAAUAAAUGUGGGUCUUCCUUCCUUGCAGCUUUUAGAUCUAUGUAUUCUAGAUGUCAAUUCUUUGGAUUUCCAGUAUAGAAUAUUGGCGGCGGCUGCACUCUGUCACUAUACCUCAGUACAUGUAGUUACAAGAGUCUCAGGUAGGAUGGAGCAUCUUUUUUGUUGUUACUCAGGUUUUCAUGUCCUAGCUAUUGUAAGAUGUCUGAGGCUGCAAUAAAUAUGUGGGCAUGCAAACUGGCACAUAAAUAAAUAUGUGGGCAUGCAAACUGGCACAAACUGGCUGGAUACCUUUUUAUUUUAGAAAUAAAGUACAAGCAGGGCUCCUCAACAAUAUUGUAUCACUGGUGUGUUACCCGAUAUUGUGGUUGAGGGGGCUGUUGGCUCAGGAUUGAAAGGGGUAGUUCUCACUCUCUGGAGGGUUAGUUAUGGAGCCUGCUCACAAAUUGUGUCUGUGUACUUCUCAAUAGGCUAAUUUUUCCCCUGUUUCCUCCCUUCCACCUCUGCCCUUAGUUCAUGCUUUCUCAUAACUCUGCUGCCCCUUGAGCUUUCUCGCAUUUAAUCGUGCUACAUUAAAUUUUGAAUUCUAGGGUUACCUCUCACUUUAUCCCUGGGCACAUUUAAAAAUUGCCUACCCAAACAAUGGGAUUUUUCCUGUCUUUUACACAACGUCUCUUCAUCCUGUUCUGUUCCAUUUCUCUCCUCCAUGUGCAAACUGUGAUUACUCCACGCAUGAUAAGAUUAAUGAGAAACAAGAGGGCGUUUUAUCUGCAGUUGUCACCAGCUGAGUCUAUUAGGAGUUAUCCUUGGACAUGCUGGGUACUAGUUUAUCCCUUUGCAAUAGGAAUAAGAAUUGUUAUAUCCUCUUGCCAGCACACCAGCCACUAUCUUGGAAAUAAUAUUUGGUAAUAUCUUGCACUUAUGCUCAUCUAGCUUCACUGGGCUGUAGCUGUUUAUAUCUGAAACAAGGCAUAUUAAACUCUGCACAAGGUUCAAAGUUUCAGAAAUGCACAGUAGUGGUGAAAUCAAGGGGUUCAUGACUGUUGUUUUCUAGUUUUGAGGUUGCCUUGAGUCUGAAACUGAUGGCCAAUAAUGAAACUGAAAGCUAUUUCAGCGAGCGCAAGAACGUUAAGCUGUGAAUGAGAGAAGCUAGAAACUGAAAAUCUUGCCUCUGCCAUGAACAGAGUAGUUGGCCUGGAACAAGCUACUGUUCCAAUAGAUUUGUUCUAACAUUAUUGGCUUAGUAAUAUACGCAGAGUGCCAUAUAAAUACUUAAAGGCUUUUAUUUGUAAUCAUGUAAUUUUAUUUACAUUCUGUCCAACUGUUUAUGUAAAAUAUCAAGUGUAGCUCUUGUUUGUUGUAGAGCAGUGAAUACGCAUUAUGAAGACCUCGACUCAAAAUUUCUCUUUUAUUAUUAGGCUUGGAGUGGGACAGUAUUGCAGAAUGUGUAGAGUGGCUAAAACCGUUUCUUAAGGUAGCAAAAAAAUCGCCAGUGAAACUAAAGAAUUUUAAGAAAAUUGCAGCAGAAGACAGGCAUAAUAUACAAACGCACACAAACUACUUGGACAUGCUGGUGAGUUGUUUCUCCCACUCUGAGUUUCAUGUUGUACCUCUGAGUGUUAAAGUAAUGUCACGUAUCUUGCCCACUUCCAGUGUAAAAGUUAUUUAGGCUGGCAAGACAUAUUUGUAUAGCACUACAGAGAUGUUUAAAGAAAUUGGUUCAAGGUCAGGAGGUAGUGAGUUCUGGGCCAGAUCCAGCUGCUUCCUUCUCCACUUGAGCUUGUCCAGGACAAACCUCUGACCCUUAGAGUGUUUAAUGUUUUAAAAGACCCAUCAUACCUGACCAUGUCCAUACUGACUAGGGCUGUAAAGACAGUGAUGUACAUUUUUGGCAGUUAAUAUAGUUGCAUUAGAAAGUAAAACUAAUGUAUAAAGAUAACUGCAAUUUGAAGAUGCAUCUAGUUUUAAAUACAUGAACACAAUAAGAAAUAAGCUGUGUUGGAGCAGUAGUACAGUUGGUCUUUUAUCAGUAGACAGACAUACUGUAAACAGAACCAAUGUGCCCCCAACUCAGACUAGGUGGGCUAGUGGCUUGAUCCAACAGGGCUAUUUUGACCAGUCACUAGGUUUGUUUAAGGGCAAUGGGGUAGGGGUGGAUACAUGAACCAUGUAUGUCCCUUUACCUCCAUGGAGAAAAAGGAAGGAAAUUCUUGUGUGUCAAGUAAAUGCCAUUUGCAUGGAAGAUGCAGACCAUGAGGUGAGGAGAGGGCACCCUAGCUGUACCAGUUCCUUUUCAAGGAAAGGGGAACUAUAUGUAGGACUACAAGGGAGCAAUUUUCUGCCUUUGAGUCCACAGGCAAAAACUCACUCAUGAAGGAAUGUGCUCUGAACCAUAGGGGAAUAGCAAAGCAGAAAUUGCUUGGUUUACCAUUCGGUGCAUUAAUUUAAAUAUUAAUUGAAUAGGAUGAAGUCAACUAUGAAGUAGCUGUUGCAGCACCAGGCCAGCUAUCACCGGUGUCUACAGGAGGAAUAAUUACCCCACCCAAGAGUUCUGAAAAAUGA